AUGGCUGACCGAACCCAAGAAAACACCCACGGUGUCGUCAACGACGUGAAGUCGGCCCUCCGAGGCGUCAGAGGCGUGGGUGAUACCAUCAGAGGCACCGUCAAUGAGUCUAUCGACACGGCUUUCAAUGAAAAGGAAGGGGAAGUAGCCAAUCGUGCAAUCAAAGAGAAGGGCAAGGCAGACCUACAGGCCACCGACCAGCAUUUCGCUCACCCUGGCACUGCUGGUGAAAAUACUUCUGCCUCUCACCCUGUAGGUUCCGGUACAGGGCUAAGUACUGGAGGGCUUUCUGGGACAAAGAGGACUGUUGGUGGCACUACAACCGGCGCCGGUGCACAUUCAGGAAGUGUCGGAAACAUGGGCAGCAGCGUCCCUCAAAACCAUCUUGGUGGUGAGCCUGGUCCCACGGGGGAGAGAUAUUGA